AUGAGUCAAUUAGUUUGCUCUUCUUGUUUACUUAAUUUCCCAGAAGAACCAGCCUAUAAGGAGCAUUACAAAACAGAUUUCCAUAGAUAUAACAUUGCUAGAAAAAUGAUUAACCUCGCUCCAGUCUCAUUUGAAGCUUAUAAGGAAAAAUUUGACAAAAUAUCAGAGUAAAAGAUCAUAACCCCAAUUCAAUCUUAAACAUUUAAAUGUUGCAAUAAAGAGUUUAAGUCAAGUAAAACUUAUUAAGCUCAUCUUGUUUCAAAAAGCCAUUAAUAAAAUUAAUUAAAAUCUCCUAUCACAACAAAUAGAAGUUAAACAGGAGAUUCCUUAUUGAAUAGUAAUGUAUGCUUAUUUUGUGAUGAAUUAUGCGAUACUCUUGAAGAUUGCUUAAAACAUAUGAGCAAUCAUGGAUUUUUCAUUCGUGAAUAAAAAUGCUGCAUAAAUAUUGAAGGAUUGCUAAAGGCCUUAUCAGAACAAAUUAAUAAGAAUAAUACUUGUUUACAUUGUUUCUAAACAUUCAAAAACAGCCACGCCACAAAAGAUCAUAUGCUAGACAAGGGACAUUGUUUUAUGCCUCAAUAAGAAUAUAAAGUUUUAUCAAAAUAUUACAAUUUCGAAGAAAAGCUAUUAGGAAUAUUGGCAGAGCAAAAGGAAUAACAACUAUAAAUUGAAGCCAAAAAACAAUAAUUGCAAUUGAAAUAAGAAUAAAAAGAAGAUUAACAGGAUAAGAAAGUUGAAAACUAAGUUGAAGAAGAAGGAGAUUGGGAAGAUGAUGAAGAUUUAGAUUUAGAUUCUGAUGAAGAGGAAGAGGACUUGAAAUUAAAAUAGAAAUAAACUGAUGAUUUAUAAACUGAUGAAUAACUCAGAUAGAAGAGAUUAAAAUAAUUAUUAAAAUAGAUUAGUAAACAUAAGGCUACAUUGACAAAGACUGGAGAAUUGUUGUUACCAGAUGGAAAAUUAUUGGGACAUAGAGAUUAUAGAAAAUAUUAUAAGUAGAAUCACAUUCCAUUCAAAGUUGCAGAACCUGAAAAAGUGGAGCAAUUGGAUGUUGCUGAUGAAAAUCAAUUAGCUUUGCUAAGUAAUGAUCUUAUAGUUGGCCAUUUGAGACAUUUUUAUUAUUAAAAGACAAGAACAUUAGCACACGGACAAACAAAGAUUGGUUAAAGAAACAACUUAAUUUAAAUGAGAUGGUUAAGAAAGUCUUGUUGA